AUGGACUAUGUUGGAAUAUCAGUAAUGAUCAUCACUUCUUUCUUCCCACCAAUGUAUUACAUCUUUCAAUAUUCACCACAUUGGCAAAUUGUUUACCUCAUUGGAAUCACAAUCUUGGGAAUUUGCACUAUCAUAACCUUGCUCUUCCCCGUGUUUUCGACCGGAAAAUAUCGGUCAUUUCGGGCCGGGCUUUUCAUGUCCAUGGGUUGUUUUGGUCUGGUACCUGCAAUCCAUGCACUUGUGUUGAAUUGGACUGAUCCUAUGAGGAAUGUCACACUUGCAUAUGAAUCUGCAAUGGCAUUGUGUUAUAUAACAGGGGCUAUAUUUUAUGUUAGCCGAAUACCGGAGAAAUGGAAGCCUGGAAUUUUUGAUAUAGUUGGUCAUAGUCAUCAAAUAUUUCAUACAUUUGUUAUUUUUGGUGCAUUGGCUCACUAUGGUGCUGCGAGGAUUUUCUUGGACUACCGGACUCGAUUGGGAUGUGACAAAAGAUAG